UUUACAUUUCUAAGGGUCCUGUCUGCAACUGAACUGUUUACAAGAGAGAAAAACCAGAUUUAACAGACACACCUUCAUAACAGGGGAGAUGAACUGAUGCCUUUCCUUCUUCUGAGGGUCAUCUGAAGUCACUUGCCACAGAAAAGUAUCGCUCAGGACUGAUUUGAGGUCUGGACCAGGCAGACAUACCAGAGGGACUGUCCCGUGUGCGGAGCAUUAUGGCAGAGCCAGACUAUAUGGACGGUGAUAGCGAUGAACUCAUCAAGCCCAAGAAACUCCUCAACCCAGUGAAGUCCUCCAGAAAUCACCAGGACCUACACAGAGAGCUCCUCAUGAACCAGAAAAGGGGCCUUGCGCCGCAGAAUAAACCAGAACUCCAGAAAGUGAUGGAGAAGAGGAAGAGAGACCAGGUGUUGAAGGCUCAGAAAGAGGAGCAGGAGGCGCACAAGAAAAGGUCAGACCUUGAGAUCGAGCUCAUGAAGAGACGAGAAACCCUUGAACAGCUGGAAUUGGAGCAACAUAAGAAUGAAGAGGAGCAAGAAAACACCCCAGAGUUUGUCAAAAUGAAAAGCAAUCUGAGAAGAACCAAACAGGAAGUGGACGGGCAGGAGCGUGCCACCUAGAAACAGUUUCCAUGGCACAUUUGUUGGGAAAUGGAUUGGUGUUUGUGGGGAUUUCCUGAUGUUCCUCCCCCAUGUGUCCCUAUGAAACAAGUGACUGUAGACGAACGGUUCCUGUUGCCUGCUCGCAGACACAACCAGUAUUCACGCCGCCUCUUUUCCUGAACAGCGAUCACACAUAAAGAGGAUUGAAGACUAAACGACACACAUACACACAAACUCUUGCACAUGGGCGCAGACUUUUUGCCACUGGUUGACUGGCUUCAAAGAACAUGCAUGGCGGAACAAACAGAGACCACAAGAUUACUUUGUUGGGUAUUUUUUUAUUUUUUGGAAAGGGGGCACAUAUUAUUUUACUAUUUUACUUUAAAGACCUGAAAUGGGACACUGGAUGGACACUUUUAAGCCAAAACAAUCCUCUUUUAUUUAUGUUAAGUGUAAGCUUUUGUUCAAAAGGGCUUUUCAAGACAUUUUCCUAUUGGUUUAUGUUAAAGGAAACUAAAUAUAAAGUUCCAACAAUGCAAGUCGUGGUUGCAUCAUGCUUGCUUUUUAUGAAUUGUAAUGUUUGUGCGCGCCCUCUGCUAAAUUUCAUAAGCAAUACUAGUUGUAGUUUUGUGAGGUUUCUUUGCAAAUAUUUUUGUUACAACUUUUUUAAGGAAUACAUUACUAAUAAGUUAAUACACUUUAGUUCAAUGUGAUAAUAAAUGCAAGUGCAUCUGUUUUCUUUCACUUGAAUGGUAGUUGUUCAUCUGAAAAGUUGAAGGAGAACAUGAAAUGUUUAUUAAUGAAGAACGACACGUGGUUUUGUGUAGAUUUGAGCCAAUAAAUAACCACUCCUUGUGUUCCCUUAAAACCUUCUUUUAAUAAAUAUUAUUUUAUCAUGUUGAA